AUCUGUCCAAACCACCCGAUUAAUUUCCAUUCACAUCGGUCCCCUGCACUUGCUCUCUUUAGGUCUAUAAAUAGGCAUCGAAAUUGUACUUAAAAUGCCAUCCAUACAUCUUCAUCUAAUUUGAAAGAGUUGUCAGUCAUCUAGUAAUGGGUUCCAAAACAAUAGUCUUCCUAGGCCUUUUGGCUACUGUUCUUCUGUUUACGUCGGAGGUAGCAGCAAGGGAUUUGGCUGAGACUUCCAAGAAAACUACUGAAGCUGCUAAACAGACAAAGGGAGUAGAGGAAGCCAAGUAUCCAGGCGGAGAGUACGGUGGGUAUCAAGGCGGAGAGACGUAUGGAGGAGGCCCAGGUGGAGAGACGUAUGGAGGAGGCCCUGGUGGAGAGACGUAUGGAGGAGGCCCAGGUGGAGAGACGUAUGGAGGAGGCCCUGGUGGAGAGACGUAUGGAGGAGGCCCAGGUGGAGGGACGUACGGAGGAUAUACUGGUGGCGGGUAUCCGGGCGGUGGAUACGGAGGGGGAAGGGGUUGACGUUUUAGAUGCUGCGAACGGGGUUAUUAUAGAAGGUGUCGAUCUUACGAAGCCACUGUCUCACAAGUGAUCUUUGUGCAAUUAAUGUGUGUUUGUCGUAAGUAUGUGUAUGAAAUAAAAAGCAUGAGUGGAGGUUCUGUUGGUAUAUAUAUAUAUAUAUAUACACGCAAACGUUACAAUUUCUCCUAUGAGAGAAUGGUAUGUUUUUUUUUUUUUUUGGGGUGUGUGUGUUUCGACGGUGAAAGGUAGCAUAUGUGUAUUUACUA